AUGGCCUGGCGACAACCCUUUAGUAAGCGUCCAUCGGGAGAUGGCAGCGUGACUGAAGGGCAAAGUGAACGUGUCUCAACUGCCGCAGGCCAGUUUAUCAGCGAAGUAGGAGGCAAUAAUGCGCCGCCCACAUAUCAAGAUGCUUCUGGCGCUCCAGUCGAAAGCCAGUCACCACUGGGAUACUCUGUCGGCCCAGUGACAAUCACAUUACUCAAUAUCACAAUGAUGAUUGGCGCUGGUAUCUAUUCAACACCAUCGUCGAUCCUAUCCGGAACAGGAUCAGUCGGCGUCAGUUUGAUUUGGUGGACUUUAGGUUACUUGCUAUGUCUGACCUUGGGGGCCGUGUAUCUCGAAUUUACAGCGUACUUUCCUAGUCGAUCGGGCUCAGAAGUCGUUUUCCUGGAGCAAGCGUACCCAAGUCCAAAAUGGCUUUUCCCAACCACCUUCGCGGUACAGAGUGUCAUUCUUUCGUUUGGAAGUGCCAAUGCUACAGUUAUGGCUAAAUAUCUAAUCGCUAUUUCCGGGCACACCGGCACUAACUGGCAGGUCAAAGGCACAGCACUGGCCUGCUACAGCCUUGCCACCUUAACACUGGUUUUCAAUACAAAAUAUGCCUACUGGUUCUCGAAUGCGGUCGGGAUUGUCAAAGUUUGCACCAUUCUCUUUAUUAUCGUCACCGGCUUUGUUGUCUUGGGAGGAAAGACCAGGGUCGAGAACCCAACGGCGAAUUUUCAGAAUGCGUUUUCUGGAAGCUCUACGGCUACAGCAUAUGGAUUUACAACGGCCUUGUAUCGCGUCAUCUUUUCCUAUGGUGGUUACAAUAAUGCAUUCAAUGUUGCCAAUGAAGUCAAGAACCCCGUCAGGUCCCUCAAGAUAUACGCAACGGCUGCUUUAACAAUUGUUUAUGUUCUUUACAUGUUCGCAAAUGUCGCUUUUUUUGCUGCUGUUCCAAAGCUCGAGCUAGAAAACUCCGAUUUGACCACUGCCAGCUUGUUUUUCUCGAAAGUUUUCGGCGAUAGUGGAGCAGUUCGUGGUCUCAAUUUCCUCAUUGCCCUGGCCUCGUUCGGGAAUAUGAUAGCCGUGAUAAUCGGCAUUUCCCGACGACUCAGAGAAUGUGGCCGGCAGGGAGUUCUACCCUGGACCUCUUUUUGGGUUUCAACCAAGCCUUUCGGCACUCCCCUGGGCCCUUACGCUGUUAUUUGGGGGUUGACUUGUCUGCUGAUCCUAGCCAUCCCUUCUGGAGACGCUUUUACAUUUGUUAAUGAUUUGAAUAUCAUCCCCAAUGCUGCCUUUAAUUUGGCCAUGGCUCUUGGUAUCUACGUUAUUCGCUGGCGCCGAAAGAAGGCAAAUCUCCCUGAACCCGAGUUCAAAGCCUGGAAUAUUGUUAUAUUUUUCAAUAUUCUCGUUCAGCUAUACCUUCUGGUGAUGCCUUGGUAUCCGCCGUCGGGAGGUCAAUAUGCCGGAGACGUCAGCUUUUGGUAUGCAACAUACGCAGUGGUCGGAAUAGCAAUUCUCCUUGCGUGUGGCGCUUAUUACUGGUUGUGGGCCUUCCUACUUCCAAAAUGGCAGGGCUAUCAAUUGCGACAGGAGCUCAUCCAUUUCGAUGACGGAGCUCAAAGCAAUCAGCUCAGAAAGGUUCCGAUCGAUCAAGUUGCCGAAUGGGAUGCUACGCAUGAUGCAGCUGGCCGUUCUGUUGUGCCCAUAGAGGAAGUUGGAAUUCAAUUUAAGGGUGCGGAGACAUCCUCGGAUGAUAAUGCCUCGUUUUCAGAUGGCUCAAAGAAUGUUUCUCGCAACGCCAGGGAUUCUUCUCAUGUAUAG